AUGACUUCACAAUCAAUGACUAGUAGUGAUCAUACACUUUAUGACAUACCGGUGCCAAACGAUACUAAAAUUCAAACUGAAAUCAAUGGUACGAAAACUGUUGAGAACAGUGUUAGGAAAAAGUCAAUACCGGAGCGCAUACCGGCGUUUGGCAUAAUAUGUGCAUUAAUUGGUGUGUCCCUGUUUUCGGUGGCAUCGCUUAUUGUGAAAUUAUUAGGCGAAUUACAUGCAAUUGAAAUACUAAUAAUUAGGUGUGCCAUACAAUUCAUACCAUAUUUUGCAAUCACUAUCUAUAAGAGGCACUCAUUAUUUGGUCAACCGGGACAUCGACUGUCACUUGGAUUGAGGUGUAUAUCGGGCACCACAUCACUGGUCACACUGUAUAUAGCCUACCGAAUGAUGCCGUUAUCUGAUGCCACCACUAUAUACAUGGCAUCGCCAGUGUUUACCACUAUAUUUGCCUAUUUGUUGCUCAAGGAAAGGGUAACAUUGAUUCAGGCCAUCACCGGUAUUGUCAAUAUAGUAGGUGUAGUAAUCAUUGCCAAACCGGAGUUCCUGUUCGGUGCCGACGACAACAAAGACGACGAUGUCAAGUAUGACAAACGUGUUAUCGGUAUCAUACUGUCCAUAGUGUCGGCCAUCAGUACUGCCUAUUCGUUCAUUAAUUUGCGUAAACUAAGGACAACACCCGUACCGGUAGUUAUCAUGUGGUAUUCACUGACAGUAGUCAUAGCCGGAUGUGCUAUACUACCAGUACUUGACCGAUGGCGUAUGCCUACCGGUUCCCGUGCUUGGCUACUGUUGUUGGCCAUUGGUGCGGCCGGAAUCGGUAAUCAAUUAUUCCAGACACUGGCCUUCAGGUACGAGUCUCCCGGUCCGGUAUCAGUCACCCGAAGUUUUCAAAUAGUUUUGGCAUUUGUUUGGGAAGUAUCGAUAUUUCACAACACAGUCGAGUGGACAUCAAUUACAGGUGCGCUACUCAUAACUGGUUGUGUAUUAUGUACAGCACUGCUCAAGUGGUAUAACGAAAAUCCCGAAAAGUUUUAA